AUGUCAGAACUUCAGCCAGUAGAGCAGAAAACCACGGAGGCAGAAGAAAACCAGUUAAAUGAACCCGACAGUAACAUCGUGUCACAAGAGAUUAUAAAAAAAGAAGGGCCCCAAAAUGAGGUAUCUCUGAUCAUAAAGAGGUCGCAGAUUGUAGCGUUGAACAAGGAGAAUUUAGCAAAAGCACAACAUGUGAAAGUGUACGAACAGCUCAUUGAGAAGGAGAACCAGUGCUUUGAUGAGUUCCUCGGGAGGAGUAGGAAGAAAUCUGUGGAGGCAAAAAGGCGUUUUGAAGAAGAGUGCAAGCGCAAACGGGAGAUGAAUGCUGCCAUUGAGAAGUUAAAUGAUGAAAUAUGGGUAGUAAGCAGUGAAUGCACCAGGACUCAUGACACACUGAAUAAAUAUGAGAGGUACAAGAACCUUCUGUUCAAGCUGUCUCCUGAGGAGUGGCAGGAGGAUGAAGUCCUGUCUGAUGCUGCCGAUGAGCAGAACAAGGAGUCACAGUCAGCAGGUGGGCAGGGUUUGGAGUUUGAAGAGUCCAGUCCAGGUUCCACCAGAGAGCCCCAGAUGUCAUCAGCACACAGUGACACAGUUGCUCACAGCGUGGUGUCAUCUCCGGUCCCGCAGGAGAAUCUGCACCUGUUCUUCUCUGAUACGCAGCAGCUUCUAGAUCUGGUGAUGGAUCUGACAGACCAGAACCUGUCCCUCAUUCAGAACUCCACCAGAGGGGAUGAGACACGGGAGGAGCUCCUGCAGACCAUUGAGACCACCAGAGUGAAAAUGAAAGAGGAUGAAGAGAAGCUAACUUUACAGAUCACUGAUAUGAAGGAGAGAAUUGACACUGAGAAGGAGAGAUCUGCCAAACUGGAACUGAAGGUUCAGCUCCAUGUCUCAUUAAAAGCUGAGGACAAGGAUGUUAUGUUGGAUGAUCUGGGUGAUAAAGUGACAGAAGUGCAUUGUCGCGUUUUGGAUAGCCGGAUGAGCAGCCUCAGCACGUUGGAGAAGCUGUCCAGCAUUGAGUACCGUAUGUCUGUUCUGCUGCAGAACAUUGAGAGCAUUCCUGAAGAAAGCUUGGAGGCUUUUAGGCAGCUCAAGGACAGCGAGAGGAGGACCAGGCAGCAAGAAGAAAAGCUGAGGUUGGAGAAGGAGAAACAGAGGGAACGGAUGAAGAAGUGCAUGGAAAGAUCCAUGGGUGACGCCAAGAAAAUAAGAGGAAGAAAGCUCCUGCCCAGAUGCAUCCCUGUUGAGCAGAAGAUCAAAGUCAGCGUUGAGGACAAUGUCCCUGCCGAGGACGAGCUCCACACUUACCUCUUCACCACUGACAACACACAGUAA